AUGGAUAGAUUGUUUCAGUGGAGGAAAAUGGAGAGCGGGAAAGCACUUGCAGGUGCUGAUCAGGCUGGGAAUGGAGGCCCGGCGAAAGGUCCAGGCCCAAGUGCUGCCGGAGCCGGGAGAGCAAAGGGUGCUGGAGGAAGAACUGGCUCCGCCGGUCGGAAAAACGUGACCCGUUCGAAGAAGGCUGGGCUGGUGUUCCCGGUGGAAAGAAUAGGCCGGUUCUUGAAGAAGGGAGGCUAUGCGGAUCGAAUUGGAUCCGGGGCUCCGGUCUACAUGGAUGCUGUGCUUGAAUAUAUGGCUGCUGAGCUUCUGGAGUUGGCUGGAAAUGCCGCAAGAGAUAACAAGAAGCUGAGGAUCACACCGAGGCAUUUGAAAUUGGCUGUGGGUAAGGAUGAAGAGCUUGAUACUCUUCUCAAGGGUGUAGAUUUUCGAUGGUCGGGAGUAGUUCCUCACAUCCACAAAGUCCUUGUGCCAAACAAGGAUAGAGACUCCCAAGAGCUAGAGGAGGGAAAAGUGAAGUAA